UGACUGACUUUUUGACUUGUAAUAUAUAAAGUAAGUCUUCUUCAUUCUUGCAUUAGCCCUGCAAUCAUGAACUACAUUGUUGUGUUGUGAAUUCCCAUAACUCAAUACUCCGACCAAUCCAGUACUGCCUUGUUGAAGCACUCAUCAAAAUCAACCAUCAAAAUUUUGCUGUUUUUGUCUAGCUGCCCAAAGACUGACAAAGAGAGUACAAUCUACAAUCAAAACCAAGAUGUCUUCUCAAAGAAACGGAGAGAUAGAGGUGACUACAGCAGUAAGAGUGAAUUUGUUGCCCCAAUCAUCUAUGAUGGAUACUUCGGAUGGACCCAUGCCAAUGCAAGAAGAAGUGCGUUUGGAUGUUGCAGAAUUGAGUACUCAAGCAGCUAAUGGACAUCAAGAAUGUUCAACACCCAAUAGAGAUUUGACACAACCAAUUCCUUAUGAAGGGGAAAGAAGAAAGGACUACCUCUCCCUAUGUGUACCAUUAUAUGAAGCAGCCAUCAAAGGUGACUGGAAAGCUGCUAAAGAUGUCAUUAACAAAGAUCGUGAUGUUGUUCGUGCUGGGAUAACGAGAAAAAGGGAGACUGCUCUGCACAUUGCUGCUGCAGCAAAACGCACUGCUUUUGUAAAGGAACUGGUUAAACAUAUGAACGAAGAGGACCUAGCCUUGAAAAAUAAAGAUGAAAACACUGCUAUUUGUUUUGCUGCCGCAUCAGGAAUUGUGGAAAUUGCUAAGGUGAUGGUGAAAAAAAACAAAAACCUUACUCUGAUUCGAGGUAAUCAAGGAAAGACACCCUUAUACAUGGCAGCUUUGUUUGGACACAGGGAUAUGGUGUCAUAUCUCUAUGAUGUUACUGAUUUUGAAAGCCUAACUCAUGAGGAACGAAUUAGCCUCCUUCUUGGUACUAUCUCGGCUGAUUUAUAUGAUCUAGCUUUAACAAUAUUGGACAGAGACACAUCAUUAGCCUUUGCUCGAGAUGCAAACAAUGAGACAGCCUUGCAUGUUUUGGCUCGAAAGCCUUCCAAAAUUGCCAACAAAAAUCAGCUGGGAAUCUGGAAAGGAUACAUCAAUUCAUGCUUCAAAGGGAUUUAUCAUGAGGAUUUGAUGCGGACGUUAGCCCAUCAACUAGUCAAAAAACUCUGGGAACAUGUUCUACAAAAGCAAGAUUCGGAGAUUUCAAAACUAAUUAAAAAACCUUCGAGACUACUCUUUGAUGCUGCAGAAUUAGGCAGUCUUGAGUUUCUGAUUAUCCUUGUUCGCUUAUAUCCUGAUCUUAUAUGGAAAGUUGAUGAUGAUAAUCGAAGUUUGUUUCAUAUUGCUGUUCUAUAUCGUCACCAGACCAUAUUUAAUUUAAUAUAUGAGUUUGGAGCAAUUAAAGAUUUGAUAGCAGCAUACAAGGAUGGCAAAAAUAAUAACAUUCUGCAUCUUGCUGGAAACUUGCCACCUCCUAGUCGACUCCAAAUUGUAUCAGGAGCUGCACUCCAAAUGCAAAGAGAGCUAUUGUGGUUCAAGGCAGUGGAAAAAAUUGUGCCACCUUCAUAUAUUAAGAUGAGGAAUUCAGAAAACCAGACACCUAAGGAUCUGUUUACGGAGAAGCACAAAGACUUGUUAAAAGAAGGGGAAAAGUGGAUGAAGAGCACUGCAACUUCAUGCAUGCUUGUUGCAACACUCAUUGCAACUGUGGUAUUUGCGGCAAUCUUUACUCUACCAGGAGGAGAUAAUAAUGACAAUGGUGCUCCUCUAUUUCUAGAAAAGAAGUGGUUUCUGAUUUUUGUCAUAUCGGAUGCAGUAGCGCUAUUCUCUUCCACAGCCUCAAUAAUAAUGUUCUUGUCCAUUCUUACGUCACGUUAUGCUGAAAACGAUUUUCUUGUAUCACUACCUGCAAGGUUGAUGUUUGGACUGUCGGCACUAUUUGUCUCCAUUGCUACAAUGGUGCUAGCCUAUGGUGCAGCCAUCUUUAUGAUCUAUGAUCAUAAAUUUGAUCGGGUUCCUAUUGUUAUUGCGUCUCUUGCUGGUGUCAUAGUCGCAUUAUUCGCUUGGCAACAUUUUCACCUUUGGGCUGAUACAAUCCGAUCAACAUGUUGGUCUAGGUUUCUCUUCCGACCAUUCAAACAUAGGCUUUACAAUUGAAUUUUAGUGGAAUCUGCAGAAGUAGUCCUUGUGGGAGUAGCCAUUAGUUUGUUCCCUUAUAGUUGAGGUUUGUACUUUUUAUUUCUUAUUAUGAAUUGUUCCACUGAAUUAUGCAUUAUGUUAUUUUGUCUUAAUGAAUUUUUUAUAAGCAAAAGUACUUGGUCUGAGUUAA